UAGAGCGCAGUAGCUGAUUGUCGCCAUUUUCGUUCUACGAAAAUAUUAUAUGGUCUUAUCUUUUAAUAAUUAGAAUUAGGUCUUCUUUUUCAGUAGCAUCUAUUUUUUUAUUUACAAGACAUAUGUUCUGCGAAAUUAGUUUCAAAUAAUUGAAGUAUUGUUUUAAAGUCUAAUGCAUAAGCUUCAAAGAAUAAACAUCGACGAUAUUGUGUUUUAUAGACGUUCCGCGCUUCCGUCCAUUCAGAAUAGUUUGCUGCGUGUUAGGAGUUCUUUGCAGCUUCUUCGGUUUCCGUCGUGUGGUGCGGUCCUUCGUGUGCGAGUUUUAAUUAAAGUCCUCAAAAUGGUGACUCAAAAGAAGCAGAAAAAAGCUAUGGAGAGCAUCAACUCCCGGCUUGCACUUGUUAUGAAGUCCGGGAAGUAUGUUCUGGGGCUCAAGCAGACACUAAAAACGUUGAGGCAGGGCAAGGCGAAACUCGUGAUCAUCGCCAACAAUACCCCUCCCCUGAGGAAAUCAGAAAUUGAAUAUUAUGCAAUGCUGGCGAAGACUGGAGUACAUCACUACACUGGAAACAACAUUGAACUUGGAACAGCAUGUGGAAAAUACUUCAGAGUGUGUACCUUAUCAAUUACUGAUCCUGGUGAUUCAGAUAUAAUUAGAUCAAUGCCAACUGGUGAUCCCCAGUAAAAUUCUUGUAAAAUUGAUUUAAUACAUUCUUUCUGUGUAUUUGAAUAGUCUUUUCUCUAUUACACACCAUUGCCUUUAUUCCCAUUCCAUUUUGGUUAAUUCAAUUUUGUGUUUGUGAAAUAGAAGUGUUCAUUGCAUUAGUAGAUGCAACUGCAAUAUUUAAGAACUUUGCCUAGUGGAAGUAAAUUGUUAAGAAAUACUUAUGAUUCAAUAACCUCAAGAUCAAAUUUAGUAUGCUGUAUGGUGGCACUUCAUUCAGACCUGUGAAAUAUUUUUAUGGAUUUUGUGGUGUAAAAGUGUAUUAAAAAUAAUGCUCUAUGCGAUUGCUAACAUGUGGUAUACCAAAAGCUACAAAGAUCAUAUUUUUCUUAAGUUAUUGUUUUGUGAACAUCAAGAGUGUAGGGGGGAGAGUUUCAAUGGUUUUGACAACCUUGAGUAAUAGCAGUUCCUCUUGGAGCAUGCACAGUACUUAGAGGAUUUUCACAUACUUAAAAUUCAAUUGUUAGCACUAGUGCAGUAAGCGAGACUUGUCUUCAAUCUAAUAAAGCUGAAUGCAACUAAGAAAAAUACAAAUGCCCAGUCCAUCAGCUGUAACUGAUCAUUAACUAUACUCAUAAGUGUGAUAUGUAGUGAAGGCAAGUUUGCUCAUUUGAAUGUGCCAUUUGGGCUAGUGUUGCAAUGUUUCUACUUGCCAAAUAAUGGGCCACUUUCAGCACUCGUAUCAAUCUUUUCAAAAAUUUUGUUUUUCCCCCAUAAUGUUCACAUUUUUAUUUUGAUAUCCAACCAGCAAUUUUGAGGACUUGCUGACAAUGAAAAUUAAAAAAAAUGAUUUGGAACCUAAUUUUUUUUUUUUUAAAUACAAUAUUUUUUCCUGGAAUUUCAAUCCCUAAGCUGAGGGACAUACUGUUCAAGAAAAUAAGGUUGAAUUUGGCUGAUACUGUGGGGUAAAAAUGAUCCACUUUAAAAAAGCCAGUUUCCCAAACAUUUGUUUUUUCUUGUACAUUUCUGUUACUGAUAAAAUAAAAAAAAUCAUGACCUUAAACCAAUGAUAUGCCCCAUCAUUUCAUGUCUAAAUUUAUUAAAUUGUUACUACAUUACUAAAUGUUUUUAAAACUUUUUCAAAAUUUAAUGAAUUCAAAUUUUAUUUUUUAACCAUUGGAAACAAAGUGGAUUCAUGUAUUUAAAUAUUGCUAAUUACAGUUAAUCAUGCAUGUUUCAGAGGAAUGGUAAAAAUUUUUAUAUUAAAAAAAUAAUUAAUAUGCCACUAUGACUCCGAUAUGUAGAUUAAAUUUCAUUCAGAAAAAUAUUUUGAGUGUGUUUUUUUUCUCCACAACACAUUAAACAUUGAGUUCGUAAAACAGCUUUUGCUUCUCAGUGAUAGCAGCCUCGGUUUUUUGAUCAUUAACAUUUUCUUUAUGGAAAAAGC